AUGCAGCCGACCGGAUUCCUGUCGUGGUCGGCCUUUGUCCUGUCGACUCUGGGCUUCGUCACCAUCUUCUCCGCCCCGGUCAUGGCUCAGGCAGGCGGCAACUCGCGAACCCCGAGCCCUCGGCCCGCGGGCACACCUAUCCGUUCCAACGCCCCGAGUCCUUCCAGAAGCGAUAGGCAGGUUGCGACGCCUACGACGACUGCCGACGACAGCACUAGCACCACCGACGACAACACCAGUACCACCGGCACAGAUCGAGUCACUGACUUUCCCACUCUAACCAGGGGCGGCGCUAUCCCAACGUAUCCCCCUCCCAGCGUCCCGCCCACCAAGAACGCCCCCUUUAUGCAGCACUCCAACCUGCCGGAUGGUACCGUCUUUAUUGCCGUCGGAGCCAUCCUCGGCGCCUUUGGGCUCGCCAUUCUUCUCUGGCGCAGCAUCGUCAGCCUUCUCCUUCACCGAUCCGUCAAGCGGGCCGCCAUGGCGCAGCACACCACCAAUAGCAAGGCUGGCUUUCCUGCGCCGCCUGCGCCCUUCUACAAGUAUACCGAUCAGGAUUCGAGCAUGUCGCUGGCCCCCGGAGCUGGCCCAGCGGCUGGUCGCGGUGUUCGGCGCACCAACCGGGGCCCUAUUCCUUCUGCGACGCCCAGUCACUCGAACCUCUUCUUCUCGCCCACGGCAAUCAGCACCGCUGGCCCUCGCGCUUCUACCUAUUUGCCAUCGGGCUUCUACGCCUCCGGCGCCGGCUCCCCUGCCGGAAAUCAGACCAACACGAUUGGCUUGCAAAACCUCCGCCCGGACUCCCGAGGGCAGGACGCCAACAACAUGAGCACCAGCUCCCUUCAUCUCAACACCGCGGCGCCAGGUCAGCGAGCACCUAGUGCGUAUCUCGAGGAUCUCUUGGCCGACGACCCCGGCGCUCUGCCGCCGCCGCACAUGCCCCUUCCGAAUGGCCCGAGCGGUACGAGCCCGGGAAGUAGAGCAAACAGCCUACACAACCGGAUGUGA